CCUAUUUAUGGGGGGUUUGACAGUUUUUGAUUCCAAAAUGUAUAGAUAAUAAUUACAUAUGAUGAUAUAACAAUAAUUUUUUAAAAGUAAUAAUUUACUGUAAGGACUAUAAAUUAAAUUAAAAUACAUUUUAAAUGAAAGCCAGUAAAGCAAAAAACCCAAGCAUGUUUAAAAAUAUAAUGAUUUUAUUUCAAAUGACAUUGAUGAAAUGAUCUAUUGUUAUUUUGCAUUCUACUAAUGAGGACAGUGUGCUGGUGAAAUAUUACACGCUUGAUUUAAUGUAAAGUAUGAUUUUAUGGUAAACAUGAUGUGUAGAUGUAAUAUGAGAUGUAUUGUGUGUUUUCAGGUGAAAUGAUGAGUUGUUGUUGUUGUUGUUAUUAUAUUGGAGUGGAUGUUGGCACUGGCAGUGUGCGUGCAGCUCUUGUUAGUCCUGACGGUCACGUCAAACACAUGGCUGAAGAAAACAUUCAGAUAUGGGAAGCAUGUGUUGAUCAUUAUGAGCAAUCAUCAGCAGAUAUCUGGAGGAAAUGCUGCAGAGCAGUCAAGGAGGUAACUCGGGACAUCGAUAUAGACUGUGUGAGAGGUAUUGGAUUUGAUGCUACCUGCUCUUUAGUAGCUCUGGACCGAAACUUUGAAGCCGUGGCUGUCAAUCAAGCCGGAAUCAAAGAGAGAAAUGUAGUGAUGUGGAUGGAUCAUCGGGCUUCACAACAGGCUUCUCAAAUCACAGCUAUGAAACAUGAAGUCCUUCAGCGAGUCGGUGGUGUGAUGUCUCCUGAAAUGCAACCUCCCAAAUUAUUGUGGUUGAAAGAGAAUCUGCUGGAAAGUUGUUGGAAAGACGCAUCUCAUUUCUUUGAUCUUCCAGACUUUCUGUCAUGGAAAGCUACUGGAUCCUUAGUAAGGUCUUUGUGUACUGUAGUGUGUAAGUGGACCUAUUCCCCAUCAGACGGAUGGAACGACAGCUUCUGGACCGCUGUUGGUCUGGAGGACUUGAUGGAGAACAAUUAUUACAAAAUAGGGUCACAGACGUGUUGUCCGGGACGUUUAGUAGGAGGUCUUACACCGGAGGCUGCUGCAGAUUUAGGCCUGAAAGCGGGCACAGCCGUGGGCGCAUCACUUAUAGAUGCGCAUGCGGGUGGAUUAGGUGUCAUGGGAGCUGACGUGAGCGGCCAUCAUCUGCCUUGUGAAAAUCAGCCGAUCACAUCCCGCAUGGCUGUUAUAUGUGGCACAUCUUCAUGUCACAUGGCUGUCAGCAGUCGGGCAUUGUUUGUUCCCGGGGUCUGGGGUCCGUAUCUCUCUGCCAUGCUGCCAGAUCUGUGGCUAAAUGAAGGAGGUCAGAGCGUCACAGGGAGAUUGGUUGACCAUGUGUUGAGAGGACACGCGGCGUACACACAGUUAAAGGAUCAGGCAAAGGACAGUGGGAAACACAUUUACUCCUAUCUGAACUUUCAUCUGGAAACCCUGGUCCGAAUCACGACACAUGUUGAGCAGCUGACCGCAGACCUGCACGUAUGGCCUGACUUUCACGGCAAUCGUUCUCCAUUGGCCGAUCAGACGUCCAGGGGCAUGGUGACGCGCAGAACCUCUCUUAAACACUACACUUCAUUUCAUUCAGUCAAACACAGUGAUGAUCUUAAAGGCUUAAUAUUCUUAGCAGUUUAUGAUGUGUGCUGGUUUUCACAGAUUGUUGGACUCACUUUAUCCCAAACUUUGGAUGACUUGGCCCUGCUGUAUCUAGCAACUCUGCAGGCUAUCGCUGUAAGACAAAUAUAUACUCCAGAUGUGUGUACAGUGUGUACAAGUUUUCCCUUGCCACCUUGCUUUUCUCUCUCUGUGUUGUUAUAUGUGAAGCUUGGCACGAGACACAUUAUAGAUGCCAUGAGAGAAGCAGGACAUGACAUCACAACUCUCUUCAUGUGUGGAGGCCUGAGCAAGAAUCCUCUGUUUGUACAGCUACAUGCCAACACCACAGGUCUGCCUGUUGUGUUGACAGAAGAGAAAGAAGCUGUGCUAAUUGGAGCAGCAGUUUUAGGAGCCUGUGCAUCAUCUGACUAUAGCUCCAUACAGAAAAUAUUCCACUUCCUUUUAGGAAGCAAUGAGGAAAAUGACCAAAAUAGGGCGAGUUGUCCGACCUAAUCCUGAGUUAGCAAGCUUUUACAGAAAGAAAUAUGCAGUGUUUUUGAAGCUUUAUGAUCAUCAGAAGGAGUAUGUGAAACUGAUGAAUGAUGGACAUCAUACAGUCACUGAUGCUGUGCCUCAUGUUUAACUGACAGAUGAAAUGUUUAAUAAACUUAACACUGGCCUACAAA